AUGGCGGAAUCUUGGGGCAGUGUCUGCCGCCAGUGCAUUGCCACUGUGUCUGAUGUCCCGCCUUCCAUUCUCUUUGCUGCUGUUCUAGCUACGGCGCUGGGAUUGUUUGUCCUGUUCAUUACCUUCCUAUUCGUUGUCGCUCCGACCCCGCGGUAUCCUCUACAGGAAGAAAAGAAGUAUAAGACCCUUGCCAAAGAUGGCGCUAUCACAAACCCCGAACCACUUCCGUGUUGGCUCGACAACCUCGAUGCCCAAAAGCGCUCCUCAAAGAAGCCUGAAAUAGACCCCGCAGAACUCUUCAUGUCCGUGGUCGUCCCGGCCUACAAUGAAGAAGACCGACUUGCGGGCAUGUUGGAAGAAGCUGUCAACUACCUGGAGCAUAUGUACGGCACUGUGGGCCAUGAAGAAGAGAGGGAGGCUAGUACUGUCUCAACUCGGUCAACGCGCAAGCGCAAGACAGCGUCGAAUGGUCAGGCAACGAACGGCCAUGCCGCCAGCUCGGGAUCAGAACGUGGGUGGGAAAUACUUAUUGUAUCGGAUGGAUCAACGGAUCGUACAGAGGAGGUCGCCUUCGCCUUUGCGAGGGACCACCAGUUAUCGCUGCACCCUAAAGGGUAUGCAGGGCCCUGGACACCCAAGGUGCGGGAGGGCGUCCACAUCCCGCCUGGGACGAUUCGAGUGGUCAGUUUGACUCACAACCGUGGCAAGGGCGGCGCCGUUACGCAUGGUAUGCGGCACGCGCGCGGCCGAUAUGUCGUGUUCGCGGACGCGGACGGAGCGAGUAAAUUUGAGGACCUUGGGAAACUUGUCAAGGCGUGCCAGGAAAUUGAGGAUGCCCGGGGUCGUGGCGUGGCUGUUGGAUCGCGCGCGCAUAUGGUGGGCAGCGAGGCCGUUGUCAAGCGUUCGAAGCUGCGCAACUUCCUCAUGCACUCUUUCCACCUGAUCCUAUGGUUAAUGACACCGCCCAAGACUGCAACCGUCAAGGAUACUCAGUGCGGCUUCAAGCUCUUCUCCCGCAACUCACUGCCCUUCAUUGUCCCUUACAUGCACUCCGAAGGCUGGAUCUUCGACGUGGAGAUGCUAAUGUUGGCCGAGUUCGCCCACAUCCCGGUGGCGGAAGUGCCCGUGGGAUGGCAUGAGGUCGGAGGCAGUAAGCUGAAUGUCAUUCGCGACAGUAUCGGCAUGGCCUGGGGCCUGGCGGUCCUGCGCGCAGCAUGGUCGCUUGGCAUUUAUCGGCAGAAGUGA